AUGGUUAAAUUUCAGGCCACGCUAAAAUAUUUUGCUGUUUUUGUAGCACUAGUUGCCUGCAAUGAUUUCCUUCUAACUCAUGGCAGGCAGAUAAAGCCAUCGAACCAACAUGUUUCUAUUCCAUCAUCAGAGAAUAAAGUUGACUCACCCAUGAUGCCAAAUUAUGCAGUACCUAGUUUUGGAGACUCAGAUGCACCUUACACAAAUGGUUUCCGACCCACAGCACCAGGUUGCAGUCCUGGUGUUGGCCACUGUAGUUUUUCAAGAGAAGAUAACAAUAUGAAAGCAAUGGUGGUAGUUAAGAGUCCAAAUGUUGAAGUUUCUAUGACUGAGGGAUCAAAAAAUGAUUUCAAACCCACAAACCCAGGUCACAGCCCUGGUGUUGGCCAUGCUCUCCAAAACAAAAUUGAAAACUAA